CACGCGGAGACGUCAUUUUCGUGGCAAUCAACUGCAUAAUAUUGCCAGAAUCCAUCUGUCCAAGCAUCUUAUGUCUAUAGCUAGGCUCAUUACAACAUAAUCAUUGCUUGGUCUCAAUGGAGAUGGCCUUUACAAUUGGCUGAAUGGCGUGGCAUGAAUUGCAUCGGCCCGAGUGUUGCCCUACUAUGACGUUGGUCGAUCGAGAGUACAAGAGCGAAGACGUAUCCUCCCUCUCUCCCUCAGUACUACUACUUUCAUCAUGUCUGACAGUAUCAAAAUAUUCUUUCUUGGCGCUACGGGCUACCUUGGUGGCCAUGUCCUCGAUGACUUGCUCGACUCAAAGCUUGCACAAGAGAACAAGCUCGAGUUCACACUCAUCUCUCGCACUUCCAAGAAGCUAGAACAGCUCAAGGAGCACUUGAAGAAAGAGCAUGGCUCGUCACUCGACAAGCACACUUUCGUCUAUCAUCAGCUAUCUCACGACCAGCUGGCUGAUAUCAAGGAGAUAGCCGCUGCAUCUGACAUUGUCAUGAAUCCUGCAGAUAGUGAUGAUUUGCCACUGACGAGCGCCCUUAAUGAAGGCCUCAAGCUCAACAAGCAGACGUCGAGUGCACUGAAGCGAGGAAGGCCCCUUCACAUCCACGUGUCGGGCACUGCGUUGCUCUGUGAUGGUGCGCACGGCGAGCACGGCAAGCAGGAGCGCUUCGAUGACAUGGACGCCAAGCGUGUUUGGGAUCUACCAAAAGAGGCCUUGCACCAUGAGAUUGACCUGGAGAUCCGGCGCGCAGGACGCGAAGAUGACAUCGAUGUGGCCAUGAUCCUACCACCCCUCAUUCAUGGUGUUGGCAGAGGCAUGAAGAAGCUGACGAGGCAAGGGCCUGCUCUGAUUGCCUCUGCUUAUGAGCGCAAGGUACCUGGUAUGGCAGGUCCAGGCAAGAAUCUGUGGUCCUACUCACACAUCAAUGAUACAUCAAGUGCUAUUGUUGCCGUGACGGAAGCUGCCGUCAAGGGCGAAGCGGAUGUCAAUGACGAGGGUGUUUAUUUCACAAGUGAUGGCAAGCACGAUUUGCGAUGGGUCGAGUACGUGAGAGCCAUUGCCAAGGAGAUCGAGAAGCAGAAGUCAGGACACCUCGAGUCCCUCGAGCCCACGGCAUUCACGGAGCAAGAAGAGGGACAGUACUUGGGUCGACCGGACGGAGCCAAUGUGUUUGGUGGCAACUCGCUGAGCGUCGGCAACCGCACUGCCAAGUUGGGGUGGAAGUUUGAACAGUCCAUCAAGGAGGAUGUCUACCAGACGCUGGCAGAGGAAGUCAGGCUUGUCUUGGCUGAGAAAGAGUAGAUUUAUAACGUAAUGAAUGCAUAAGUAUCCGAUUG